UACCAAGUCGCUGUCACUUCGUUUACCGACCCGGUUUCAAAAAAUAAACAAAAUAAUGAUCUGUUCUUAAAUAGGUGUUCGAUGUGAAAAAAUGACUGCUAUAUUAUGACCGUUAAAUCCAAAUAUAUUUCUUGUGGUACUGUUAAAAAUGGCUCACACGAACCGAAUAGUAGUUCUUGUGGAUAUGGAUUGUUUUUUUUGCCAAGUGGAAGAGCAAAUAAAUCCAAGACUUAAGGGUAAACCGGUCGCUGUAGUGCAGUAUAACGAAUGGAGAGGUGGUGGAAUUAUAGCAGUCAAUUACCCAGCAAGAGAUCGGGGAGUUACAAGACACAUGAGAGGCAACGAAGCCAAAAAAAUUUGUCCGGAUAUCCAACUUGUAAAGGUUCCUCAGAUGCGUGGAAAAGCUGAUACAUCAAAAUAUCGGGACGCCGGAAAGCGAGUAGCAGAUGUCCUACAAACUUUUACUCCUCUUUUAGAAAGAGCUUCCGUCGAUGAGGCCUACCUUGAUAUUACCCAAGAGGUGGAAAAACGCGUGCAAGAACAUUGCCAAGUCACUGUUGACAAACUAAAAAACACCUUCGUUGUGGGCUCAGAAACCGCCGAUUUUGUGGACAAUCUUAAACAUGCUCGAAUAUUUGACGAGGAUCUCUUUAAACUGGCAGUGGGUGGGAUGAUUGCUGAGGAAAUAAGGGAGGCGGUGUUCCAAAGAACGGGUUACAGAUGUUCAGCUGGCAUUGCUCACAACAAAAUAUUAGCCAAAUUGGUAUGCGGACUGCAUAAGCCCAACAAGCAGACCUUGUUGCCGCACAGAGCUGUACCCCAGCUGUAUGAGAAUAUGCCACUAAAAAAAAUUACUAGUUUGGGCGGUAAAUUUGGGGCCACACUAUCAAAAGUGUUGCGAAUCAAUAAUAUGGGCGAGUUGGUUCGAUUUACAGAGAAAGAGCUCUGUGGAUUGUUUGAUAACAAGACUGGGCAUUGGCUCUACAACAUCGCUCGCGGUAUAGAUUUGGAACCGGUGACUGUGAGGCUCAUUCCAAAGUCCAUAGGUUGCGGCAAAAAUUUUCCGGGCAAGGGGGCGUUAUUCACGGAAAGCGCCGUGGAACACUGGUUGGGAGAACUCGCGGACGAAUUAUCCGGCAGACUGCAGAAGGACUCUUCAGAAAAUAAUCGCCGAGCUAAAUUAUUGAGCGUUAAUUUUUCGCAGAUCGUCAAAUCCAACAAUGUGGCGAGCACGAGGUCCUGCCCUUUUGGUUCCUACGAUCGGCAAAAGUUGGCCGCAAAGGCGGUGGACAUUGUAAAGAAGAAUUGUCGCAAAGAGGACGGCAGCUAUCAUGUGACUCAUUUGGGUUUGAACAUGACUAAUUUCGAAGAUACCAAAAACGUCAGGGAAAUCACGUCAUUCUUUAAGAACGCUGGCGUCGAUCAUAAAAACUCGUCCUGCUCCACCGAAGAAGACGAUGUAGAUCGGAACUUGGUGUAUUACGAAGACGUUAAUCCGGAAUCCAUUCUCGAUCAAAGUUUUCCCUCCGAAAAUCCUUCCAAUGUGUCGGCUAGUUCGACGGACUCGAUAAGUCCGGAAAUAUUUCACAACGAAACUGAACCCGUUGCGGAAAUCGAGAGACCUCCCUCGACCUCAUUUUUCCAUAAUUAUUUCUCCGAAAACCUCAAACGGGAUUUCGAUACAUCGAAGGUUAUAGAUACUGACUCUGAAGAUCUUGAAACUUCCUCAGAAACUGCAUCUUCGACCCGGAUCUGCGAGGAGUGUGGAAAACAAGUGGACCUGUCUGAACUUCAGUGUCAUAUGGAUUAUCAUUUCGCCUUGAAUAUGGUUAAGAGUGAGGCGCACAUAUACAAAACGCCAAGUAGCGAGAAAACGUUAUCGAACCACGUGGUCAAAAGCAAAUCGACGAUGGGUAAGAAAAGAAAGAAGUCCCCGGAAAUCGGUGCGAGACCCCUAUCGGCGUAUUUUAAAACUAGUGCGGAGCCUCCAGACAGCGCCAGGAACGAGCUGUGCCUAGAAUGCAACAAACGGUUCGAGUCGAAAGAGUUUUCCGACCAUAUGGAUUACCAUGCGGCGAAGAAGUUGCAUUUGGAAUUGAAUUCUGGACCCGGUCCCGCCAAAAGUAAACGAAAUUUGACGGGAGGUCAGAGCAUUUUAAACUUUUUAAAGAAAUCUUAGGUCAAUUUUUCAAAGAAACUUCCAGAGGCUACUGUAAUACUUUUUAUAAACCCUCUGGA